GCACGCCUCACUCAACAGUCACACCUGUUGCUCCAGCUACAAACUAAAUUUGUAUCCAACAGAACUUUAGAAUGUAGUAAUUCUGCCAUGCACAUGCUUAAAAGUAAACAUUUAGUGUAAAUUUCUGCAAUUUUGUAAUUUUUUUGUAUAACUUGUAUUAUAUUGUGUACAUUUUGUAUUUCUUAUUGUAUUUAAUUUCUUCCAUAAUGCACUGUUUGUCUUCGUGGAGCACGCACAAUUUCGUUGUACUUAACUGUACAGUGAUAAAGCCUAUUCUAUUCUAUUCUAUUCUAUUCUAUGCGCACGCCUUCAUACAACCAAGACUUCAUUAAAAUAUCCAUUAAAACCAGAGAGAGAGAGAGAGAAAAAAAAAGAGGAUCCAUUACAGCUCCAUCUUUAAAGUCUGUACACGAUCAGACCAUUAAAUCCACAUCGUAAUAUUUUAACUUAAACUCCCCUCACAAAUGAAACGCCAUCCCUUAACAACCCUUUGAAGACUCUGCAAUAGGCGUUUGGGAUUACAAAGAUGACUGCAGCUGCCUGAUCAGCCGCACUGUUCGAAUAGCUGACUAACAGUCUUGGUUUGUCCUUUCAAUGAAGGGAGGUGCCGAUGAUGAUGACUCACUCAUUCAUGUAUAAUGAGUCAGUUUUGAAAAGGUAGCUCUGCACAAACGGGAAUCCGCCAUAAUGGGGAUUAUGUCUGGUUGUUGUUUCCUCAGAGGUGAUCACCAUUUUAAAAAAGCUUUUUGUUUGUGGUUGCUGUGGAAUAACACAAUGGAAGAGAUGCAGUGGCUUUAUGUGACAUCUCACUGAUGUAAAUGCAAAAAAUAAAACAGAAACCCAGGGACCUGGAGAUGAAGAAAAUAAUACUGCACGUAAAAGCUCAAGGUCAUCCCACCAGUUCCACCUGCUCUCCUGAGGAGCUCCUCCAUCUCCCUCAGCCUCCUCCGUCCCCUCCUCCACCUCUACAGCAGCCGUCAUGAACUGGUCUGCGUUGGAGGCACUCCUCAGCGGGGUCAACAAAUACUCCACCGUGUUCGGUCGCGUCUGGCUCUCCAUGGUCUUCGUCUUCAGGGUGAUGGUGUUCGUGGUGGCGGCCCAGAGGGUGUGGGGCGACGAGAACAAGGACUUCGUCUGCAACACGGCCCAGCCUGGCUGCAACAACGUGUGCUAUGACCACAUCUUCCCCAUCUCCCACAUCCGCCUGUGGGCCCUGCAGCUCAUCUUCGUCACCUGCCCGUCGCUGAUGGUGGUCGGCCACGUCAAGUACCGGGAGAAGAAGGACAUGCAGUACACCGCCUCGCACAAGGGCGCCCAUCUGUACGCCAACCCUGGGAAGAAACGCGGGGGGCUGUGGUGGACGUACCUGGUGAGUCUGGUUUUCAAGGCAGGCUUUGACGCUGGCUUCCUCUACAUCCUGUACCACAUCUAUGAAGGCUAUGACAUGCCCCGCCUGUCCAAGUGCUCCCUGCCGCCGUGCCCCAACACCGUGGACUGUUAUAUAUCCCGUCCCACGGAGAAGAAGAUCUUCACCCUAUUCAUGGUGGUCUCCUCUGCCGUCUGCAUCCUCAUGUGCAUCUGCGAGAUGAUUUACCUCAUCUGCAAACGUAUCCAGAAACUCAUUAAGAGGAAGGCCGAGGCGGACAGGAGGAUGUUCGCCGAGACUCACGAGAUGGCUCCUCUGGCGGCCCCCAGGUCGGAGUUCAGGUCCAAAACGUCGAUCAGAAUCGAUCCUACUGUAUCUAUCCAGAACCUCAGCAACAUCAAGGCUGAGGAGGGGACAUCUAAGAAGAAAUAAUGUGCAAUAUGGCAGCAGCUAUGUUGAAAAACUGAGUAAAACAUUAAAGGUGCCGAAAUACGUGGAGAACUGCUGCUCAAUGCCAAAGAGACAUCCAUCAAUUCAGCGAUUUCUGUGACAGCGUUUUGUAAAUAUUAUUAUGUUAAAUGACUUUCUGCAGGAACGCACAACUGAUGCAUGUAAAUUAACUUCUUAAAAAGGAGGUUUACAGAGGAACUUAAAGGGUUUUGAUAUUUUGUUUUUCUUGGAAUUGGUUUGUGUGUGUGUGUGUGUAUGAAUUGUGUGAAUGUGUGCUCAUAGCAAUGUGUAAGUCAAGUCAAGUCAAAUCUUAUUUAUAUAGCGCCAAUUCACAACAGAAGUUAUCUCGAGACGCUGUACAUAUAGAGCAGGUCUAGACCGUACUCUUUAUCUUAUAAGAUUUACAGAGAAAAACCCAACAGAUCCCACCAUGAGCAAGCACUAGGCGACUGUGGCAAGGAAAAACUUCCUUUUAAGAGGCAGAAACCUCGAGCAGAACCGGACUCAAGGUGGGCGGCCAUCUGCCUCGACCGGUUGGGUUUAGACAGAAAGAGAGGGGGGUGGGGGAAUGGGGUAGGAGAAAGACAACAUUGCAGAUACACAGACUAAGUCAAAGUGUAAAUAGUAGUAGUAAUAAUAGUAAUAAUAAUAAUAAUAGUAAUAAUUAUUAUUACAGCUAAAGGAAUAAUAAUGACAAACAAUGGUACAUUAAUAGCACUAACACUAUCAAUAACACUAGUAAAUGUUUUAAUUAUUGUCGCAUCAUGGGUUGAGCUGGAUCAUGGGAGCAGCAGGAGACUCUCCAGCUCUGGAGGCAGAACCCUGCAGUGAGAGACAGUAGAAGAGAGAGAGAGAGAAGCACAGCCUGGGCAGUAAUGUGCUUACAUUUUGUACAUUACUAUUGGCCAGUAGCAAGCUAAAGCUGUUGUGUGAGGUACUUAAUAAUAAAACAGUAAGUAUAAAAUGCUGAAAUGAUGUAAUUACAGAGUGAAUCCGUUCCCUGGACAUACACACUGCCCCACAAAAUAAAGCACACAGAGCACUUCCUUCUACACAAGCCCCUCCAGAGUUACUCUUGCUUAUAUUUUACAGACUCACACUAUUAAAUCAGAAUUGCUUAAUGAAUGUAUGAUGCAUAUAUGCACUAAUUCAUACCUCUGGAAAAGGACAAAACAUUUUUUAUACCCACAAAUUUGCAUUUUUUUUUUUUUUUGUUUUGUUUUUGUUUUGUUUUGUUUUUUUUGAGAGAGAGAAUGAAGAAAGAUUUGAGAUAGUAUAUUGUGUUUUAGAUUUUGUAUUUAUUUCUGUGAUCUAUAAAGUUAUUUCAAUAUUAAAA